AUGCGAGACGUCAAGACACUUCUUGCUCCGCUACAAUAUCCCACGUCGGAUUUCAUUUUCAUCGAUGAAGUCGACCCGGACAAAGAAGAAUCAAAAGAAAAACUUAGACAGUCACGCCUCCAGCUAUUCAAUUUGAUCAAAUCACAUAAACCAGCAGAACAAAAGAAGCACAAAGAUAUUGACCUCGAAGAGGAACAAAUCAAAAAGUUGCGCAAACGCUUCGAACAGCAACGAGAAGCGUUUGAACGCGAUCAAAAAACUGCCCAGACAGCACUCGAUAACGUCCUUGAAGAAUUGAAGAAGGUGAAGGAAGACGAGCGCAAGCAAAGGCAGGAACUGCAAAACAGGUUGGUAGAAAUGGAAGGUCAACGUCAAAAAGCU